UGGGCAAGCCCCCUCGUUCAAGGCGAUCGCUUCCACUGCAACACCCUUCCUUCAAGCCUACUGUGUGGGCGUUCGACCUUUCAAAGCCGUGCUUGGAGCUGGAACCAGCGAUCGAUAGCUAGGGUCGCCGUCACCGAUCUCAGCUUCAUUCCCAGCCCACAUCGCAAUCAUGGCGGAAAAAGCGCUCGCGCCUUACAAGGCCGGGACCAAGGCGUGGUUCACCGACAAGGAGCUCGGAUGGAUCAGUGCGACGCUGUCCAAGAAUGUCAGCGUGUCCAGCUCGGGCGAAAUUCUGCUCAGCUUCGUGCUGGAUGAAGGCGGAGCCACGAGGGAGGUCAGGACGAACACUUCCAAGCUCAAUCAACCUGGCGGCGCAGACGAGAUCUUGCCCCCGCUCCGCAAUCCACCUCUUCUGGAAGCGACGGAUGAUCUCACCAAUCUGUCCUACCUCAACGAGCCCGCAGUCUUGCAUGCGAUCCUCUCCAGAUACAGCCAGCGCCUCAUCUACACUUAUAGUGGUAUCGUCUUGAUCGCCGUCAACCCCUUCGACUCUCUCAAUCUUUACUCUCCCGAGAUCAUUCAGGCCUACAGCGGUAGACAGCGUGGUGAGCUGGAGCCACACUUGUUCGCCAUAGCCGAGGAUGCAUACAGAUGCAUGGUGAGGGAUCGCAAGGAUCAGACGAUUGUCGUCUCGGGUGAAAGUGGUGCUGGUAAGACUGUAUCUGCGAAAUUCAUCAUGCGCUACUUUGCGACUGUGGAGGAUCCGGACAGGCCAGGUGCGAGGAAGGCCGCUGCGACCAGCGCUGCCAACAGCGGACAGCCAAAUGGUGCCAGUGCGAGUGGCAUGAGCGAAACGGAAGAGCAGAUCUUGGCUACCAACCCCAUCAUGGAAGCGUUCGGCAACGCAAAGACGACCAGAAACGACAAUUCGAGUAGGUUCGGAAAGUACAUCGAGAUCCUUUUUGACAAGAACCACGAAAUCGUUGGCGCCAAGAUUCGAACUUACCUCCUCGAGAGGUCCAGAUUGGCCUUUCAACCCACCGAAUCUGGCGAGAGGAACUUCCACAUCUUCUACCAGCUUUGCGCCGGUGUGCCUACUGGCGAGCGCAAGGAUCUCGGGCUGGACGAUGCGUCCAAGUUUCACUACCUGAAUCAGGGAGGCAAUCCAGUCAUCGCAGGUGUGAACGAUGCGGAGGAGUUCAAGGCCACGCAAAAGGCUCUCAGCACAGUAGGAGUCACCAUCGAGCGACAGUGGUCCAUCUUCAGGUUGCUCGCUGCCUUGCUUCACUUGGGCAACGUCAAUAUCACCGCUACGAGGACCGACGCGAUGCUCGCGGAUGACGAGCCAUCUUUAUUCAUCGCGACGCGCAUGCUGGGCGUCGAUCUGAGCGAGUUCCGCAAGUGGACUGUGCGAAAGCAGAUCGUCAUGAGAGGCGAAAAGAUCGUCUCGAACUUGAGCCAGGCUCAGGCCAUUGUUGUUAGAGAUGCCGUCACCAAGUACAUCUACACGUGCUUGUUCGACUGGCUUGUUGAGCAGAUGAAUGACAGUCUCGCUCUCGGUAGCGGCCACUCGCGCGACACCAUGAUUGGUGUGCUCGACAUCUAUGGCUUUGAGCGUUUCAAGGUCAAUUCAUUCGAGCAGUUCUGCAUCAACUACGCCAACGAGAGGCUGCAGCACGAGUUCAACCGGCACGUCUUCAAGCUCGAACAGGACGAGUACGUUGCGGAACAGAUCGAAUGGACGUUCAUCGACUUUGCAGACAACCAGCCCACGAUCGACAUGAUUGAGGGAAAGCUCGGAAUCUUGUCUUUGCUUGACGAAGAGUCGCGACUCCCGUCCGGGUCAGACGCUAGCUUCCUUCAGAAGCUCUACACACAGCUGGAAAGACGGCCUGAGCUCAAGAACAGCUUCAAGCGACCUAGGUUCGGACAGUCUAGCUUUGCGGUCUGCCACUACGCUCUUGACGUGACGUACGAGAGCGAAGGCUUCCUGGAAAAGAACAGGGACACUGUGCCUGAUGAACAUCUCGCUUUGCUCGGAAACACAAACAAUGCGUUCCUCAAGGAGGUGCUAGAAGCAGCUACUGCUCUGGCGCAGGCAGCAAAAGAGCCACCUCCGGCUGCUCCUGCUGACGCCAAGGCCCCGCCUGGACCCCGUCGCUUGGGCGGUGGAGGCAUGAUCAGGAAGCCUACCCUCGGAUCUCAGUUCAAAGCCAGCUUGGUCUCGUUGAUGGCGACGAUUGAAGCCACAAAUGUCCACUACAUUCGCUGCAUCAAGCCAAACGAGGCCAAAAAAGCCUGGGGCGUCGAGCCGCAGAAUGUGCUCGGGCAGCUACGAGCUUGCGGUGUGCUCGAGACCAUCCGCAUCAGCUGUGCCGGCUACCCCUCCCGUUGGACCUUUGCAGACUUUGCUGAGCGCUACUACAUGCUCGUGCCCUCGUCGAAAUGGGACAUGAGCACGAUGGCCAAGGUGCAAAAUCUGGCCAUUACCAUUCUCAGGAGCACCAUCCAGGAGGAGGACAAGUAUCAGAUCGGUCUUUCAAAGAUCUUCUUCCGCGCCGGUAUGCUUGCUCACUUUGAGCAGCGCCGCGGCGAUCGUCUCAAUCAGCUCGUCACGCUCAUCCAGAAGAAUUUGCGCCGCAAUCAUCAACGCAAGCGUUUCCUGCAACUUCGCGAUGGCACGGUCCGCCUGCAGACCUGGUGGCGCAUGGUGUCUGCCAAACGCUACGUGGACAAGCUCAGGCGCGAUAACGCCGCUCUGCGCAUACAGACAGCUACGCGAGGUUUCAUUGCGCGUCAAAGGCAUCUCCGCAUGCUCAGAACCGUCGUGGCCAUCCAGAGCAUCGCGAGAGGACGAAAGAUUAGGUCGACUUUUGUCGGCGACAAGCAAAAUUUUGCGGCGACUCGCCUGCAGAGCUUGCUGCGCGGAGCGCUUGUUCGCCGCAAAGCUCGUGCAGACACGAGAGGUAUCAUUCUGUUGCAGAGCUUGCACCGCCGUCGCCUCGCCAAGAGGGAGCUGGUUGGGCUGCGAAACGAAGCCAAGUCUGCCAACCACUUCAAGGUCAUCUCUGGUCGUCUCGAGAACAAGGUUGUCGAGCUUACACAAAGCCUCCAGUCUCGCACCAAGGCGAACAAGGAGCUCAGCAACAAGAUCAGAGCGCUCGAGGAGCAGGUCAAAGCCUGGCAGGAGCGACAUGGCGAACUCGAUUCGCGCGCUCGCGGCUUGGAAGAGGAACUCGCCAAGCCCACAGUGGCAGCCGCCGAAUUUGAGACACUCCUUGCAGAGAAGAGGGACAUUGAGGCACAGCAUUCGGCCUCGAUGAGGCGCGUCGCGGAGCACGAAGCCAAGGUUGCCCAGCUAGAGGAAGAGCUUCGCGUUCAGGCAAAGGAGCUGGAGGCGCGCCAGACUGCACUUAACAGCAAGGGCAAGACGUCGGACGAGGACUCGGCCACGAUCACCAGCCUGCGCAACGAGGUCAGCACAUUGCGAGCAGAGGUCAACAGGGCCAAUGCAUUGGCGACGCUGUCCAAGAAUCAACAACGCAUCGAGAAUGCUGCGCCACCCGUGUUCAACAUGGCCACUGGCAAGGACGGCUUCCAGUCUCAGGGAAAGAGACGUGCUCGAAGACACUCCGAAACUGGACCUUGGCAAGACGGCGUUGCCGCUGCCCACCCCGACGAUCAGGAAAUGUCGGCAGUGAAGCGAAGCGUCGCGCACGCCAACAGGCAUGUGAGCAUGGCAUUUGGGCCAGGCCAAGGCCCUCGUGCCGAGGAGUUCGACGAGGAGGCUGCAGCUCAGGAUCAGAUCAUCGCUAUCCUCGAAGAUGAAGAAGGCCUGGAUCGAGAUGUGCUCGACACGAUGAUCCGCAACCUCAGACCGCCAGCUCCGAGCAUCCAGAACCCGCCUUCGCCCAAGGAGGUCUUCUUCCCUGCGCACGUUGCCAUCAGCUUGCCCGUCAACGAGCUGUGGAAGUACGGCAUGAUCAGGGAAUCGGAGAGAUUCCUGGCCAACGUCAUGCAAACUGUUCAGCAACACGUCAUGUCGUAUCAGGGAGAAGAUGCUAUUGUUCCUGGCAUCUUUUGGUUGUCCAACGUGCACGAGAUCCUCUCCUUUGUUUGCAUUGCCGAGUCGGACAUGCUGCAGGGUAUCGGACCGGGCAUGGAUGGCGCCGCUCGACCUUUCGAGUGGGGCGACUACGAACGGCUCGUCACGAUCGUGAAGCACGACUUGGACAGUCUAGAGUACAACAUCUACCACACCUUCAUGCAAGAGACGAAGAAGCGUCUGCACAAGAUCGUCGUGCCGGCGCUCAUCGAAAGUCAGAGCUUGCCCGGCUUCGUGACCAGCGACUCGGGCGGUCGGCUAUUCAACCGCUUGAUUUCUGGCGCUUCUACCCCUGCUUACACCAUGGAUGAUAUCCUCGGUAUCCUGAACAAGGUUUGGAAGAGCCUCAAGAGCUACUACGUCGAGCCAAGCGUUACCAGCCAGUGUAUCAGCGAGCUGCUGAAGCUGAUCGGUGUCACCGCGUUCAACGACAUUCUGAUGAGGAGAAAUUUCUGCAGCUGGAAGCGCGCAAUGCAAGUCCAGUACAACAUCACGCGAUUGGAAGAGUGGUGCAAAUCGCAUGACAUGCCGGAGGGUACUCUGCAGUUGGAGCACCUGAUGCAGGCCACCAAGCUGUUGCAACUCAAGAAGGCAACGCUUGGCGACAUCGACAUCAUCUACGACGUGUGCUGGAUGCUCACCCCUACUCAGAUCCAAAAGCUGAUCAGCCAGUACUCUGUGGCGGACUACGAGAACCCCAUCUCUCCCGAGAUCCUCAAGGCUGUAGCUUCUCGCGUUGUUCCCGGCGAUCGCAAUGAUCACCUCCUGCUGCCGCCCGAAGUUGACGAAGCUGGACCGUUCGAGAUUCCUCUACCAAGACUAGUCACCGGUAUCGAGACCUAUUGUCCCGCGUAUCUCAAUGUUCCCGUUCUCAAGAGGCUAGCAAGUUGCGUCGCGUGAGUCACCAGACUCCAUUGACGUCGCUCGCAGGACGAGCCCCGCCGCGAGCUUCUGCGUCCCCUUUCCGCCCCCAUCGCUUUGUCUCCAUGCUCCUACCGACCUUAUUGAUUAUGAUUGCUGGGCUC